AUGCCAGAAAACCAAACCCCCACUAGCUUCAUCCUGUAUAGAAAAAAGAUCAAGAUCAUGACCAAUUCGACGUUGGUCCCGCCUUUUGGCCUCCUCCUCGAAGUGGAUAUAAGCUUUAAGUUUUUCCGCACUCUCCCAUGCGGACGCUGUUGGACGACCAGGUGCUGGGGCCACUGGUGCGGCUUAACCAAAGUGCGUUGUCGGGAGAAAAGACGUAGCGUCCCGGCAUGCGAGUUGCUGCUCCACCAAAGUGGCGCGCUGAUGCACGUCAGAGAUCGAGACGGGCGGAGGAUCUGGCUUGGAAGAUUUCUAGGGUUUCAUGGUAGCAAAACAGUUUUUGAGGUGCGGAAGGAAAUCUUGAGCAGUGGAGGUAGCGUGGGGUCGAGGAUGACUUUGGAGGAUUUCUUGAACAAAGUGGGGGCGGAGAACUAG